AUGGCAUUGCUGGGCUACCAAACUAAUCCAUUACAGUCGCCCCCCCUCCAGCAGUCUCAGGAGGAGAUCCGCGCUCUUGAGGCCGACGCUGCCUUUACAGUCCAAGGUGCCAUUACCACUGCUGUUCUCCUCUACCUCUCUCCCUUCGCUAUCAACCUCGUUGGGAAGAUCUUCUAA